UUUUUUUUUUCUUGCAUUGAGUGCUACAUCUCGACAUCCAGUAUCUUGUUCUCUCCAUGCCAUCCAAUGCUCUCUUGGCUUUCCACUAACAAGCAAGAAAACGUCGCACCAUGUGGGGGACAGCACAGAGCUCGCAUGCCAUGACAAUUACCUCAGUUUUCUCCAAUUCUCUUCGUAUUCUGCACCAAGCACCGAGUAAUGGUGUCGUCAUCAAUCCCGCGGGACAUUCUACAGCACCAGACAUGCCAAUUACUUGCUGCUAUGGAGCAUUUUAGCUGAGAAAACUCUUCAAUUCCAGCCCACCAUCUUUUCAAAUGUGUGCACCAAGCAAGGGAUCCGGUGCUGUUUAGUGGUAUUUUAAAUCGGGAGCUCUAAAGUAGGCGAUUUAGUAGCCUUCCGAGUGAGCUUCCGACGACGAUCUUUUGAUCAACCGUCAUACAUACUGUAGCAGUCGACGAAGCCAUGACUGUCCAGUAAUCAGACACCAGGCCAUGUCUUGAAUAGUUUGCGUCAAAGGACAAACGUUUCAGCUACAGGCUGUCUUUUCUCGCCAUGCCCAUGCUGCUAAAGUGUUUGUCUAUGGGCGCAGUAUCAGGGCUCGUGUCACAUCCUAUUGCUAUUAGUGAGUUUCUGCUCAUCGGGGAGCAUGUGGAACAAAGUGAACAAGUCAAUCAGUGCCAGCAGACACUAGGCUGUUAUCGUCCCAACCCUGGCGGUGAUUGGAACGAUUUCACAUGCUGAUGGUCACACACUUUCCCUCCAAGCUCAAAAGGGAGGGAAGCACACGGCGUACUGCUACAUGCGUAGGAGUAGGUAGCUUGAGUGAUACCUACUGCUACCACACAUAGGUCCUGCUUGGCUUGCAAUCAGCUUUGAAGAGCUGCAUGUCGCCUGCUCAACGGUACACGUUCAGCCAUUUUGUGACCUGAAACAAUAUCAUGCAUGCACGUACGAGUGCCCGGAAAUGCCAGUUCCCGAGAGCACACCAUCGCAAUGCUGGAGGUAAUGAAUCGCACAUGUCCUCCUCGUAC